CGAAUCAUCGAGCUCUUUGGCUGGAUGUUAGCAGGCUAGUGAACGAAAAGCCUGUCACAUUUGGGGCUCUGACGGGGGGCAACACGCAACGGUGGGGAACAAGGGCGACCCCAGAGCCGCUUCAAAAUGGCCGGACAACAGUUCCAGUAUGAUGACAGCGGCAAUACGUUUUUCUACUUCCUCACGUCCUUCGUUGGACUUAUUGUGAUCCCGGCCACAUAUUACCUGUGGCCGCGGGAUCAGAACGCUGAGCAACUGCGUCUGAAGAGCCUGAGGAGGGUGCAUGGCAGGUGUCUGUGGUAUCGGCUCAGGCUGGUCAAAUCCCAGCAGAGCAUGGUCCCAACACUAAAAAAAGCAGCCUUGCUGUUUGGGUGGGCUGUGUUCCUGCUGCUAGCCUACAAGGUGUCCAAACUGGACAGGGAGUACCAGGAAUACAACCCCUAUGAAGUCCUCAACUUGGACCCGGGUGCCUCGCUGCCAGAAAUCAAAAAGCAGUACCGUGUACUGUCUCUAAAAUACCACCCUGACAAAGGUGGUGAUGAGGCCACAUUUAUGGCAAUUGCCAAAGCAUAUUCUGCUUUAACCAAUGAAAAGUCGCGAUACAUCUGGGAAACGUACGGUAACCCAGAUGGCCCAACAGCCACCAGCUUUGGCAUCGCCCUGCCUGCUUGGAUUGUUGACCAAAAGAACUCAAUGCUGGUGUUGUUAGUCUAUGGCCUUGCCUUCAUGGUCAUCCUUCCUGUAGUUGUGGGAACGUGGUGGUACCGCUCAAUCCGAUAUAGUGGAGACCAGAUUCUCAUCAGCACCACUCAGCUUUUUAUGCAUUUUAUGUGCAAGACACCAAACAUGAACAUGAAACGUUUAAUCAUGGUGCUGACUGCAGCCUUUGAAUUUGACCCUCGCAGCACUAAAGAAGCCACCAUAAGACCCACAGACAACACUGAAGUGCCACAGUUGAUCCGUGAAUUGGGGAAUAUCAAUGUGAAGAAGAAGGAGCCUCCUUUCUGUUAUCCAUACAGUCUAAAGGCCAGGGUGUUGGUGCUUUCACAUCUGGCCCGCAUGGAGGUGUCAGAGGAGUUAGAGGAAGAUCAGAGAUUUGUGUUGAGGAAGACUCCAGCUCUCCUCCAGGAGAUGAUCAACAUAGGCUGCCAGCUCACCAUGAUGGCAAACAGCAGAGGAGCUUUCCACGCUCCCAGACUGACAACCAUUGAGAAUUUUAUGAAGCUGACCCAAAUGAUCGUGCAGGGCCUGCAGGAGUCCAAGUCACCGCUGCUGCAACUGCCUCAUUUCGAAGAGGAGAAUCUCCGCUACUGCAUUUCAAAGAAGUAUAAGGUGCGGUCCCUGCAGGACCUGGUCAGUCUAAAGGACUCAGACCGACGCAACAUGCUGCGUUUCCUCGGGGAGGAGAAGUACGAUGAGGUCAUUGCUGUGCUGGGCAGCUUCCCUCAUAUCACCAUGGACAUCAAGCUCCAGGUCCUUGAUGAUGAAGACAGCCAUAACAUCACCGCAGGCUCAAUCGUCACAGUAACUGUUACCUUAACCAGAAAGCGUAUGGCAGAUAUGUUUGAGAAGGAGCAGGAAGCAUCAACAUGUCAAGGAGAGGAGGCUACCAAUACAGAGGAAGCAGGAGACACGAAUAAGGCCAAAACAAAAGUUUGGCAAAACAAGAAUAAAGGGGCCAAAAAGACAGCCAAGUCCAAGAAGAAGAAAUUGACCAAGAAAAAAGCCACGCCUGCUCCUAUUAAAGCCAAGCAGGCUAACGGCAAUGUGGCAGGAAAUGAAACGGCCGCUGUAGCAUCAUCUGCAGCAUCCGCAACGAAAGAGGAAGAUGAUGAAGCCUCAGAUAAGGGCAGCGAGUCAGAGGAAGGUGAAGCCAACAAGGACUCUCCCAGCGAAAGAGACGAUGAAAGCGACAAACAGAGCGACACUGAGGUUGAUGAGGGUGCUGGAGACGACGAAGAGGAGUGGGAGGCACUGCAGCAGAGCAUCCAGCGGCGAGAACGGGCGCUGCUGGAAACGAAGUCGAAGGUGACGCAUUCGGCCUAUAGCCUUUACUUCCCAGAAGAGAAGCAAGAGUGGUGGUGGCUGUACAUCGCUGAUCGCCGAGAUCAGACACUCGUCUCUAUGCCCUACCACGUCUGCACGCUAAAAGACUCUGAAGAG